GACAAGUCUGCGAUUAGCGCAGUGGUCAUGUUGCCUAACGUGUUGCUUAAGCGAAAAUCGGAAAAGUCAUCCUCUCAGCUAAAGCGGCGCAAGACAACAAAGCACGAAUCUUCCGAGGAAGAUAUAGCCCCUCUUACAGCUGCGGAGACUUUUACAAAUGCUGAUGGCGAGGAUUUCCGAAGCCGUACUUGUCCUUACCUUGACACGAUUAACCGAAAUAUGCUUGAUUUUGAUUUUGAGAAACUUUGCUCCGUUUCGCUGUCGCAUCUAAACGUUUACGCUUGUUUAAUCUGCGGCAAGUAUUUCCAGGGGAGAGGAACUUCCACCAAUGCUCAUACCCACAGUGUAAGCGAGGAGCACCAUGUCUUUCUCAACUUGGAAACACAUCGUUUUUACUGCCUUCCGGACGAUUAUGAAAUCAUCGAUGGCUCACUGGAGGACAUCACUUAUCUUCUGAAUCCGACUUUUACCAAGUCGGACAUAACCUCCUUGGAUACAGCUACAAAGAUGGUCCGCGCUUACAAUGGGCUGACCUAUUAUCAAGGCAUUGUCGGAUUGAACAAUAUCAAGGCGAAUGAUUACUGCAAUGUCAUCCUCCAAAUGCUCAGCCAUAUCAGUCCCCUGCGGGAUUACUUCCUCAAUGCUGCUAAUUACCGUGGUAUCAGUACGACAUCGCCUGAUCAGAUGCAUCUGCUCGUUCAGCGAUUUGGCGAGCUAAUCCGAAAGUUGUGGAAUCCACGUAAUUUCAAAACACAUGUUUCCCCUCAUGAAUUUCUUCAGGCUGUGGUGCUGUGUAGCCGAAAGCGUUUUCAAUUCACUGAGCAGGGCGACGCGGUUGAAUUUUUAUCCUGGCUCCUCAACGCGCUCGAUCUGGCGCUUCAUCCGAAACGGAACAAUACACUUUUGGACAAGUCGAUUCACCAAACUACCGUCAUUUCUCAGGCUGUACGAGGCCGAAUGCGCGUCUACAGCAGGAAGAUCAUCCCAGUUAACCUCACUGAUGAGGAGAAGUUAUCACUGCUGGACAAUCCGGAAUACAUGACCUCCGAAAGUGAGACGAAGUUUUUCUACCUCACCUGCGAUCUUCCACCUCCACCUCUUUAUCUGGAUGAAUUCAAGGAGAGCAUUAUUCCCCAGGUUGCCCUCUCUUCCCUUCUGGCCAAGUUCAAUGGAGUCACUGAGAAAGAGUAUAAAACCCAUCGGGACUCGAUUAUGCGACGCUUCGAAUUAUGUCGUCUUCCUCCAUACCUCAUUCUCUACAUGAAACGGAUCGUUAAAAACAUUUUCACUUUGGAGAAAAAUCCAACCAUUGUCAACUUCCCUAUCAAGAGUAUCGAUUUCGGUGAACUGCUUGCUCCACAAUACCGGAUGUUACACAAGUACACCACUUAUGAUCUAGUAUCCAACAUCGUGCAUGAUGGCCCCCCAACUCCAGGCUCCGGUUCUCAUCGGAUACAUUUACUCCACCGCGGAACGGGCAAAUGGUUUGAGCUGCAAGACUUACACGUCGUCGAACUGUUGCCUCAAAUGAUUCCCCUCAGCGAGACGUUGAUACAGGUUUGGGCCGUGAAUAAAUCCAUUCCAAACCCGCAUUAUUCCAAACCGACCAAACCAGAGCCUUUGACAAACGAACCAUCUCCAGUGAAGAUUGAUUUUGCAGAACCUGUGAAUACAGUCGAAGACAGUACAUGACACCAGACUAUGUACCAGUGUUGUUCUUGUAUAUUGGUUUUAAGCUAUACAUCAUUUGAAGCAUCUUCAA